GUAUCGCAAGAAGGUGUGUGGUGUGUUGUCAUUUUUUUGACGUAUUAGUACGACAAAUUUACAAAAUCGUUUUUAUUAAAUUUUUUCUUAUAGAUAAUUGUACCAAAGGCUAAUUUGUUCUAAAAAGGCAUUUAUAAAAAAUAAGGGUAAUAAAUACAUACUUGAUUCAAGUCACGACAAUUGAAUUAUUGUUGUAUCAACUGUUGAUUUUUGAAAAGAACAAAGCAUCUAUCGAACUGAUUCAAGUACGUCGUGUAUAUUUGUUUUCCCAUUUUGCAGCAAAAUGUCUACUGGACAAUAUAAUUACUCUUAUAUAUUUAAGUAUAUUAUAAUUGGUGAUAUGGGCGUUGGAAAGUCCUGUCUUUUACACCAGUUCACGGAAAAAAAAUUUAUGGCUGAUUGCCCACAUACUAUAGGAGUAGAGUUUGGAACAAGAAUUAUAGAAGUAGCAGGUCAGAAAAUCAAACUUCAGAUAUGGGAUACUGCUGGUCAAGAACGUUUCAGAGCAGUUACAAGGUCAUACUACAGAGGAGCAGCUGGAGCACUUAUGGUAUAUGAUAUUACAAGAAGAUCUACCUAUAAUCAUCUAAGUAGUUGGCUUACUGACACAAGAACAUUGACAAACCCCAGUACAGUUAUUUUCCUAAUUGGUAAUAAAUGCGAUUUAGAAGCACAAAGGGAUGUUACAUAUGAAGAGGCCAAACAGUUUGCUGAUGAAAAUGGUCUUAUGUUUGUAGAAGCAAGUGCUAAAACAGGACAAAAUGUUGAGGAGGCAUUUCUUGAAACUGCAAGGAAAAUUUAUCAAAGUAUUCAAGAUGGUCGACUUGAUCUUAAUGCUGCUGAGUCAGGAGUUCAACACAAACCAUCUCAGCCUGGUCGUAACACCCUCAACAAUGACCAACAGCAGAAUAGAUACAAUAAGGACAAUUGCGCCUGUUAGUUGAGCAAAAAUACGCGGGAGUCUCUUCAUUUUUGAACGUACUUCACAGAGAAGAGAGCGUUUUUUUUUAUAUAUUUAUAAUAAUUAAUCGUAAUGGUGCAUAUUUGUUGUUUAUCAUCACGCGGUUCUUCAGUUUAAUAACGCUCUCUUCGUUAAAAAUGAUACAUACAUUUUGACUCGAUAGGAAUUGUUUAACUGGCAAACAGUGAUUGCAUUAGUAUUAGGAAACAAUUACGAGUACAAUAUGUGUUUAGAUCAAGAACUCUCGAACCGGGGGAAUUACAAGCCGGCCUUAAUAAAUAUUAUGUACUAAUAUAACAUUAUUAUUAUUCGCAGAUUAACAUAAUACUUGUUAAAGAGAUUUUGUUAUCUAUAAACAUAAUAAUGGUUAUAAAAUACUCCUGCUGUAAUAUUUACUUUGUUUCAAAAUGCUUUGCCGAAGGUUUGUAGUUAGUUGCCAUAAAAAUAAUUUCUUGGAGUUCUUGAUCUGUUUUUGUGCAUUUUCUCAUGCCUAUAUUAUUUUUUACUCUCAAAAAGGAGCUAUUCCGUUAGCUAUUUUGGUUUUGAUGCGUGUUUAUUUAUUUUUCGUUCUAUUUUAAUGUGACGGUUAGAAAAUAGCAAUGGAGAUAGGGGCUGUAUCUAUUUAGUAGCAAAUAUUCCACGUUUAAAACGUUAUAUGUAUUUACUUUUAAAUUAUCUUAUUUGUAUUAUUAUCUGCAGCAUUAACAUUCUGUAGAGUGCACCAUAAAAUUAACUGUGUAUUUGUAAUAUGGCAGUUUUAAAUUGCUAGGUUUUUCCUUAGUUUUUUUUUUUGAUAUAGAUUAUUGUUAAUGAAAAACAAAAAGGAAAUAAGUCGGUAAAAUUGAAGUCUAUAUAGCUUUGUUAAUAUUGUUUCCUUAUUUUAUAAUAAAUUCCAAUUAAGUAUUUCCUGGAGUCUGAGUAAGUAGUGAAGUAAAUUUAAAAAAUGUAAAAUCAAAGUUGUACAAUUAUAAAUGUGAAGAUCGGUUGGGAAAAACAUAAAAGCAUAAUUAUGCGUAUAUCUAUUAGUGUUUUAAAUUCGUUACUGUGCAUAAGUCUUUGUAACAUUGCGAUGGUUCACUUAAAUAUAAUUUUAAUUGCAAAUUGUACCGCUUUACGAUUAUCUUGGUGACUGUUUCAGUUGACUAGUUAUCUUUUUGUAACUUUCGAACUAGUUGUACAUAAGAGUUAAAUUAAAUGCUUAUUGAAAGUUAUGUACAAAAAAAAUCCAGAUAUAUCAUAGUGUCGUCAAAGGACUUGUUUGUACCUAACUUGUAACAAAAGUUAAUAAAAAUAUAUCAACAC